UUCAAACUUAAAGAAAAGUAAAACAGUGAGCAGUUAAGAAUUUAAAGAUGGUGAAUUUCUGUAGUGGUUUCAAUUGUACUAGCUCAAGUGACGUUAGGAAAGACUUGUCAUUUCACAAGUUUCCUCUUAAAGAGAAAGAGAGGCUUCAAAAAUGGGUUCAUGCUGUACGAAGAAAGGAUUUUAAACCUACUUCCAGCUCAACUUUAUGUAGUUUGCAUUUCAAUGAAAAUGAUUUUUAUUUAGCUAUUGUAAGUGGGAAACAAAUGUUAAAAAAAUCUGCUGUACCAACUGUAUUUAAUUUUCCAAAUAAUUUAACACCAAAAAUAAAAGAAAGAAGAAUUCUGCAACGAAAAGACACAACCACAACAACAGCCGUUCAUAAUAGUGAAAUUUGUGAAACUGGAACCAAUUUUGUCGACAUUGGCGUACAGACAAAAUUAACAGGAGAAGAAUUAGAUAGAACAUUACAGGAUUUACGUCGAGACAAGAGGAUUUUGCAGCAGAAAUUAAUUAGAAGAAAUAAGCGAGUUCCAUUGUCACUGUACAAUAAAGUUGUAGAGAGGGCAGUAAAGGCCGAAACAAAAAUGGAGUCAAGUAAUGCAUUUAAAUGGUUUGUAACAGCCCGUUCUGCAAUAGAAGAAUUUGAAGAGACACAUUUUCGUAAGAUAAGGAUUCAAGUAUCAAAGGAUAUAAACGAUUUAUUUGAAAGAAGACGAUUAAGAAGAGAAUUGAGAUGGCAACACAUCUUGGAAAACAGUGAAGGUUAUCCUGUUAAAAAGUUAUUAGACCGACUAGAACAGAAUAAAAUGUCUAAAGAUGAAUUUUGUUUACGAAUUUCCCUUGCCUACGGGCUGCUAUCAAAAAUGAUACACAACGCAGUGUUAACACCAGGCUCUGGACAAAUAAGUUUCAGUUUCCUCACAAAGGAAGAAGAUGUCAAUAAAGCUAUAAAAAUUUUCAUGCAGGGGUUUGAAAUAAAAGAUCAGAUUAUUGAAAUAAUUAAAUGA